AUGAUUUUGCAUGUUUCAUCUUUAAAAAUGGGCUUUGGAUUCAGAUGCUGUCAGUUAGUGCUUGUUAUAUUGAAUAUUGGUGUCUUUAUCUGUGGUAUUGUACUCAUUUCUGCAGGAUCAUAUGCCCUCAAUUCUGUUGUAAAUCACUGGAAAGAAGUAGAACGUCCGCUUCAAUAUAUCAUAAUCUUUAUCAUUACACUGGGAUGUAUUAUUUUUACUCAUGGAGCAUUAGGCAUACUUGGUGCAUGCACAAAAAGUGUUUGUCUUUUAGCAACGUAUUGUAUUCUGCUUGUGAUUUUAAUUAUUUGUCAGAUAACAGCUGGAACAAUCGCAGUUAUACAUAAGCCAAAGGUUAAACAAGAAAUUACUGAUGCCCUGAGACCACUUGUAAAACGCUUCUACAGUGACAAAAAUGUAAAACCGGUCGUGGAUGAAAUUCAGCAAAAGUUGAAAUGUUGCGGUGCCGGCUCAUCCCAUGACUAUGGAAAGAAUCCGCCAAUCUCAUGUUAUGAUGAUAGGGAAGAGCUGUUUAAAAAGGGAUGUAUUGAAAAGCUCAGUGAAUUGGCUAAAAAGAAUAUGAAUACCAUUAUAACCUGCGUAUUCUUAUUUGCGGCUUUUCAAACAAUCUGUUUAUUAUUCGCCAUUUGUACUAUUGUAGCCAUAAAACAAGAUGAAUGAUUUCAAACAGCAUGUAAACAGCAAGUGAAAAGAGAGAGAGAGAACUUGGAACAAAGCAAAAUAUUAACGUAUAUUAUUUGAAUUACAAUGCACUUUUCUAAUUCAUCGAUAGUGUCUACAUUCUCCUUGGAUUUAC